CUCCAUACAUACUGAAUCACAUGUAUAUUUAUUUAUAUGUUAAGAAUGGCAACUAAGUAUGUACUACUAGUAGCGAAGUAGAAGUAGAAGGUAGAUUACCAAGUUUCAACCGACACUAAACUACACUAUGAGUUUGAGUGUGGCAUUCUCAAUCUCACUUCUAUGGAUAUCUAUCUUCUCUUCUUCUUCUUCAGUAGCUGCUGUUACAUUGAGUGGUGGAUGCAAUAAACCUGCGAUUCUAUUCGUGUUCGGAGAUUCGAACUCGGACACGGGUGGACUCGUUUCUGGACUUGGUUUUCCGGUGAAUCUUCCCAAUGGUCGGACCUUUUUUCACAGAUCCACUGGUCGGUUGUCCGAUGGACGAUUAGUCAUCGAUUUUCUCUGCCAAAGUUUGAAUACAAGAUUUUUGACACCAUACUUGGACUCCUUGUCUGGAUCAACAUUCACAAAUGGAGCAAGCUUUGCAGUGGUCGGAUCCUCUACCCUCCCAAAAUAUGUUCCUUUCGCUUUGAAUAUUCAGGUCAUGCAGUUCCAGCAUUUCAAAGCUCGUAGCCUUCAACUCGCUACCUCAGGUGCAAAAAAUAUGAUCAACGAAGAAGGCUUCCGCGGUGCACUUUACUUGAUUGAUAUUGGGCAAAAUGACCUUGCUGAUUCAUUUACCAAAAAUCUAUCAUAUGCGCAAGUCGUCAAGAAGAUCCCAACAGUUAUCGCUGAAAUUGAGAAUGCUGUUAAGAGUUUGUAUAAUGAAGGUGGCAGGAAAUUUUGGCUUCACAAUACCGGACCCUUUGGCUGUCUUCCUAAAUUAAUCGCACUGUCUGACAAGAAAAACCUCGAUUCAUUUGGGUGUCUUUCUACUUACAAUUCCGCUGCAAGAUUGUUUAACGAAGCACUGUAUCAUUCGAGUCAGAAACUAAGAACUGAAUUGAAGGAUGCUACCUUGGUUUAUGUUGAUAUUUAUGCCAUUAAGAUUGAUCUCAUCGCAAAUGCCACCAAAUAUGGUUUCACAAAUCCGUUGAUGGUAUGCUGCGGCUACGGAGGACCACCUUAUAAUUUCGACGUAAGAGUGACAUGUGGUCAACCUGGUUAUCAGGUUUGCGAUGAAGGAACUCGGCAUGUGAGUUGGGAUGGAAUCCAUUACACCGAGGCUGCAAAUACAUGGAUAGCUUCUAAAAUACUUUCGACGGCUUAUUCCACGCCACGGACACCUUUUGGUUUCUUCUGCAGCCACUGAUAUCUGUUGGUGAUUAAAUUAUGCACAUUACAAAAGUGCAAAACAGUGAACAUAAGUUUAGUUCAUUUGAUGUUGUAUUACUGUCUGUAAUUCUCCAAGAACAUGGUUUUGUCAUUUGGUCUUGCUCUUGCUUAAGCUCUAAGAAAUCAGGGGCAUGCAAAAUUGUAAUUCAAACGUUACUCAUUUUGCAAAAGACAGUAUCUUUGUUAUUUCCCAAAGGGGAGUGCUUGAUGUUGUAUUAUGUAAACAAUGGAUGAGAAAAAAUGAUGCAUUUUUAGCUAUGCCAUUAA